UAUUAGUGUGUGUGUUAGAGAGAGUAUUAGUGUGUGUGUGUUAGAGAGAGUGUGUAUUUGUGUGUGUGUGUGUGUGUGUGUGUGUGUGUGUGUGUGUAUGUGUGUAAGAGAUGUUAUAAAUGAAGGGAGCGGUGUUAGUGAAGGUGGUUCGGGAUCAGAUGGCGCGGAGGCCCUGCAUGCUGUGUGUGGCUCUGCUGCUCACCUGUGCACUCAUCCUUGCUCUCACACUCACCUGCAGUCGUGCUAAUAGUGUGGUGGCAUUGGCCCGUCCCCCGGGGCGGUUCCUGUCCCCCUCUGUCCCGGUGGUGGACCUGUUUCUAGGACAGCAGGACCAGGUGGAGAAGUUGAUGGAGGCUUCAGAUGUAAAUGUGCUGUUCUACUAUGCUCCGUGGUGUGCUCACUCCAUCGCUGCCAGGGAACACAUCCAGCAGGUGGCCCUGCAUCUCGCCAAACAGGUUCAGUUUGUGGCGGUGAACUGUUGGUGGUAUCAGGGAAAGUGCCGGAAGCAGCACGCCUUCUACCAGUACCCAGUUCUACAUGUGUACUACAGGAGGUUUGGUCCUAUUCACUAUAAAGGUCCCUUAUUAGCUGAAUAUGUGGAGACUUUUAUACGCCGGGUCUUCGCCCCAUUAACAUACCUGCCCUCUCACUCGGCCCUCCACAACUUCUUAUCUCACCACGAGCAGGGUGUGGUAGGCUUCUUUGAUUUUAACUCGUCCCCACAGCCACCUGGCUAUCUCACCUUCCUCUUGUCUGCACUGCAUGUGCUCAGAAAAGAUCCUCAGGGGGCGGUGCGUUUCGGGGUUGUGACCAAUCAGAAAGUGGCAGCGAGUAUGUGGGUGACGGCAGAUCAGAGUGUGUAUCUGCACCGCCGCUUUAACAUCUCACUGGUGUUUCCCUGCUCUGAGAGGAACUUUACCCCUGAGAACAUCUGUAACUGGGUGUUUGAGAAUAAAGAGAGUGUCAUCACCUGGAUUCAGCCAAUAGGAGAGAAGAGCCAUGCUCUGGAGGCGGAGCUACGUAAAGGACCCGCCCUGCUUGUGUUUCUACCUCAGAGUCCCUUCUCAACCAGUCAGGCACUGUCUGAGGUGGUUGAUGUAGCGUUGCGUUAUCACUCCUGUCUAUCAGACAGUGUGUCCUUUUCCGUCUGGUCCCCAUCUGGCUCUGUCCUGCCUGAGCCGCGGUGCUGUAAGUCGAUACACAUAAGCACCGAUGCUAACAGAGACCAGGAGGUGUGUGAGGUGUGUGUGAGGUCUGAGAGGGAUCUGGAGAUGAUUCUUGACAGAUUCCUGCACAGAACUUUGCCCAGUGUGUUGCCCACCUGCAGUAACACACAGCGCAGCUACAGCACGCUCAAUCGUUACACCGCCUGCUGCAGGACACUCACCCACAGGCUCCACCCCCUUCAGGAGGAGGGCGGGGUCACCGGACUGCACUGUCGGACCAAUAAGACGCUGCGCUUUUAUGCUCUGGAUUCACGACUGGCCUGGACACUGGCACAGCGCCUCGGAGCGGCAGGAGACCACAUGACACAUUCACACACACACAACUUCACCUCCAUCGUCAACCUGAGGGACGACACACACUAUGUAAUGCAGGGCACUGGAAAAGAGGCACUGGAGCGGUUCAUAGUGAACUUUAGCGCCCCCUACAGUCCACUCCAUAGACACUUGGUGGGAGUCGGUGAAGCUCCGCCCACACAGUCCCUUAUCCAGGAAGUGACCACACAGUCCUUCAAGGCCAUAGUGAUGGACACAGAGAGGGACGUGGUGGUGUUCUACUACACAGGAUGGUGUGGGUUCUGUACGGUUCUUAAUCACGUUCUUCUGCGCUUGGCCCAACUUUUCCAGGGAAACAGUGCCUUCAUAGUGGCCAGGGUGAACGUUGGUCUAAACGACCUGCCGUGGGAGUUCAUGGUGGAUCGAAUACCUACAUUCCUGUUCUUCCCCAGACACAGGAAGCACAUGAGUGUGAAAUUUCCAGAGAACAUCCGCGUCACGCUCCCCAAUCUAGUCCGUUUCAUCCUCAAUCAUUCUAGCUCCUCCCCUCAGGGAGAGGCGGGGCCUAAGGCACUUUUGAAGGCAGAGUUUCACAGCCUGCAGGGUGAGGUGCUGUCUCUGCAGCGUGCCCGUGAGCGGCUGUCAGAGCAGCUGGCGGCUCUGUGGAGGGAGAAUCGACGCCUGGCGAUGCACACUCAGGAGCUGAUGUCCCACAAUGCCGAGCUGCAGGAGCAGAGCAUGCGGCUGGAGACACUGUACCAGGAGAAAAGCCAACAGCUCACUGAGGCUGUGAAAAGGCUGCAGGAGCUCGCAGAUGCCUCUGAGGACCUGCUCAACGAAAACUCUUUGCUCAAAGUCCUGCUUGCCAUGCUGAGGGAAAAGGGCAGUGGGGGCAGGGCAGGAGGGCGGAGUUGGGAUGAGGACAGAGGGAACAAGACACACGGACCGGACGUGUUAAGGGAGGACGGGAAGCAGGAUGUCUCCUGACAGCUCAGGGCUGAGGGGCAAUUUUCUGCUGGAAGCAGUUACCACUUUGUCAGCCACAGUGCAGACAGCUAGUCACACCAGCUGAUACUAAACGUCUAUGAAAUGCUGCCACCUGGUGGAGGGAUCAGGAAUUUAAUGUGUUUAAACGUCCUGUCACCUCGUGGAAGCUUUGAGAACUACAACAUUUGAGUUUGUUAAAAAUUGUUUAAGAAUUGAAGAGUUACAGAAAAAAUCUCAAUGAAGAGUAAUGGAGGCUUCAGGAAUUAACCGUCUACUGCAUCCAUUCUGUCUCUAUUGUCUUUGUCUGCUUUGUUUUUCCAGGUAUAAUUUGACCUUUGACCCUUAAACUUCAGUAUUCCGCUUCGUCUCUGGGUAACACUGAACAGAAGGAGGUUAAUAAGUUGGGUCUAGCCCUAAUUAGUGGUGUAAUGACAUGCCAUCUGGUGUUGACGUUAGGAAUUACAGUAAUGAGGAGCGUAUUGUAAGUCUUUUGCUAAUGGAUUAGCAUUGACAGGCAGUCGAGCUGUUCUGUGGGCAGUGACUACACAUGAAUGAUUAAAGUAGGAACGUAACCUCCGUCACAUUAGCGGUUCACUAGUGAAGGUUGUAGGAGAUCUGCUUUUAAACAGGACGUCUCCUGGAGCUUCAGCUGCCUGCUGAUCACAGGAUCCGUACAUGAAAUAAUCCGUUCGGCCUUGACAUGUCCUGAACAGGACGGUGGAGACGCCUCUGGACAAUAUACAAGUUUCCAUAUUCUGUUAAUUUGGUAUUUUUGGAUAAGCAUUCUAUUUUUACACGAGUCCUCAGGUGUGUAGAGACGCAGCAGCAUGAGUGGAGGUUUUAGUGCAGGACAAUGUGCUGCGUUGUGUUUACAAAAGUAUUGUGUUGAUUUUUGUACCCAAUAAAGAAUGAUUAAUUUCUC